GAAUAAUUAAAUUCUUAAUGUACUUACUGGUGCUGUUUUAUUUUUCUAGCAUGCUACUAUUGUUUUUAAACGGCUGUAAAACGCCUCUGCCUCACUAACCGGCGGAACCUCUCCGUUUUUUUCACUUUCUCAGUUCAGUCCAGGAUGAAGUAGCUUCCGGGCGACAGGGUACCAGCAGUAAACAUGGCGGAGGAACUGCUGGAAACAGUGGAUAGACUUCAGUCUCGGCUCCUGGAGAAUCCAGAGCCUCGAAAGCUACUAAAGACUUUCAAAAGAUUGGGGGAACUUCCCAUGACUGUGGACAUACUGGUGGAAACUGGAGUUGGGAAGACUGUGAAUUCUUUUAGGAAACAUCAAGUAGCUGGAGAGGUGGCAAAAAGCCUCGUAGCCAAAUGGAAGAAACUGGUUCCUCAGUCUGCAGACAGACCCACCAACAGCCACGUCAAAGAGGCGUCGCGGUCACACACACAUUCUCGAGGCCCAGAGGCAGGUGGUGGAGGAGGCCACAGACGCAUCAGGGACCCCUCCCCUGAGGAAGAGCCCUCCUACAUGGAAGAGGAGGAGGAGGAGGAAAGAGGCUAUCACACGAACUACUCGCCCUCACCUCCUCAACAUGUGCAGUAUAGCCCUCCACAGCGACGAGGCUACCAGUCGGACGAGUACGAGAGCCCCGAGCCCGAGCCCGAGCCCGAGCCCGAGCCUGAGCCUGAGCCUGAGCCUAGUCCCCCUCCUCCUCGCAAAGAGGUCCGCCACGCCAAACCAAACAAAGAACCCAACAAAAACCAUCACCACGGUUCCCACAGAGACGAGGAACGGCGGCAACGCCAUGCACAGAUGAGUAGCGAUCGAGGAGGAGGAGGAGGAGGAAGAGACGGCAGUGAUGGAAAGAAACGCAGCGCAGACAGAGAGAGUCCAGUACAAAAGUCUGCAAAGCAUAGCAGGAAGUCCACCACGCACGAGAGUAAGAGAGAGGAGAAGAAGAAAGGAGGAGAUGAUGGGCGACCGCGGGCAGCGAAGGACUCUCCGUCCAAAGAGGAGGAGGAAGCCUUCGAGACCCCCACCAUGUCCUUUGAGUCUUUUCUCACAUAUGACGCCCCAUCUGUCAAGAAGAAGAAGAAGCCAUCAUCAUCAUCCUCGUCACACAGUCGACCGUCUCACUCCACGUCGUCUUCCCAUCGUACACGCACCCCUCCGCCACCUGCGCCCUCCUCUUCCUCUAAAGUGAGCAAGGCUAACGGCACGCAGAGUACCAAGAGGCCACAUUCAGGCUCCAGUUCAGCUGCAGCAACACCAGAAAAACGCAAGAGGGUGGUUGAGGCCGUUCAGACUCUUCCUGAAAUCCCUCUGCCAGUGAUUCAACCCAAUUACAGACCUCUGCCCUCCAUCGACGUCACACCGUUGUCCCCUCAGAGACGGAAAGUUCCUGUCUGCAACGACGAGGAGGACACCGGGUUCACAGGGAAGCGAUUCAACUCCAAGAUGGUGGUCUACUCAGGAUCGAAGACCUCCUACUUGCCCAGGAUGAUGACUUUGUACGAGCAGUGCAUCCGUGUGCUGCAGAACAACAUAGACUCCAUCGCUGAGGUGGGAGGAGUGCCGUUUGAGAUCCUGGAACCGGUGCUGGAGCGAUGUACACCAGAGCAGCUGUACCGCAUCGAGCAGAGCAACCAGUGGUUUACGGAGGAAUCUGACGAGCUGUGGAUGCGUCACUGUCAGCGAGACUUUAAGCGGGAGUCUCCUCAGGAGUACGAGUCGUGGAGGGAGAUGUAUCUGAGGCUGCACGACGAGCGCGAGGAGCGACUGAGGCUGCUCACCCAGAACAUCUCCUCCGCACACGCCAACAAGCCGAAAGGGCGGCAGGUUAAGAUGGCGUUUGUGAAUUCUGUCGCCAAGCCGCCGCGUGACGUCCGCCGCCGACAGGAGAGGUUCGGCACCACUAGUGGUUUGUCCACAGCCGCCUCCACCACAGCUGCAGCUCCCUUCAAAAUAAGACCAGCUACCACAGACUACUCUGGUGAAACGAGCCACUCCUCUUCCUCCCAAAAUGACCCUCCUCCCGGCUCAUCUCGCUCCUCAGCACCAGGUGGAGGAGGAGGAGGAGGAGGAGGAGGAGGAGGAGGAGGAGGAGGACAUGCCGCCCGGGAUAAGCCACAGGUCAAAAAAAUCGCCCCCAUGAUGGCCAAAACUAUCAAAGCUUUCAAGAACAGAUUCUCCCGCCGAUAGUGUGAAAGAGACUGAAUGUAUUUUAUGAAUUCCAACUGUAUUUUUAAUUUAAGUUUAGCGAAAUUUUACUGAAGACCCCUUCAUCCCUGCACACACACACACACACACACACACACACACACACACACACACCAUCAUCUUUACCCACCAAACAUAUCAUAUGAACUUCUCAGUAUUGGUGGAAAAAUGGUUGAUUUUUUUAAAAUUUCUUUUUAUUUAAGUUACGGCACCUGUUUUGGGGGUCUUUAAAUAAGUAUUUAAAUCAUAAAUGACGGUCAGUGAGUGUGACGUCUGUGUUAAGAAAAUUAAGUCGGCAACUUUUUACAAGAUGUAAAGGAGACACACACACACGCACACACACACAUACAAUCACAGUCUGUCUUUUUCUUGUUUUGCAGCAGACAUUUUAAAAGGAAUAGCUCGACCUUUUGGGAAAUGCGCUGAUUUGCUUUCUUACUAAGAGUUAGAAAAGAACAUUAAUAACACUCUGACGUCUGUAUGCUGCAUGAAGCUACAGCCAGCAGUCGCUUAGCUUAGCAUAAAGACUGAAACGGGGAAACAGCUAGCCUGGCUCUGUCCAAAGGUCACAAAAUCCACCUACCAGCAUCUCUAAAGCUCAGUAAAUAACACAUUAUAUCUUGUUUGUUUAAAACGUACAAACAACGUGUGUAAAAACGACAACUCUGAGUUUGUUCGGGCUAUGUGCCGAACUAUUUCUAAGCCAGGAGCAGUUGCCAGGCAACCAGUGAAAACGCCAGGAAGUUACUAGUCACGACCUAGAAAUAGUUUAACUCGGUAAAACGCCGAAUUGUCAUUUUUAGACGGGAAACCACACGUUUUUUUAUACAUAUUAAACAAAUGAGACACAACGUGUUAAUGAGUGAGCUUUAGAUGUGCUGGUUGGUGGAUUUUGCUACAAGGCUAGCUGUUUCCCCUUGUUUGUGCUAAGCUACGCUAACCGGCUGCUAGCUGUAGCUUCAUGAUAGCGUACGGCCAUGAGAGUGAUAUCCAUCUUCUCAUCUAACUCUUGGCAAGAAAGCAAACUUUUCCUUCAUGGGACAGAAAGAAUACUCAUUGUUUUUUUUUUAAAUUAAAAGUCGUUUGUUACUUUCCAUUACGGUCAAAUGAUACACUACAUGAGGAAAACUUUUACACACUCUUGUUUUCUCUUUUAAUGGUAUGCAUGGUGCACGUCAGCCGAGGCAUUAAGACUCCACCCGAAACAUCAACUGGCUGGUUAAGUACUCUGCUUUUUAAAAAACAAACACAUGCAUAUUUAAACAGUUUUUUUCUGGUGAUUUUUUUAAUGUGUAGGGCUAAAAUGAUAUCAGUGAACUACACAUACACAAGUAGACUCAUUUUAACCCUCCUGUGGCUUCAGAUCGUGUUUUCCUGCUGUUGAAUGUGUGUGUCCCUGUUUAUAUCUGCUUCACUGUGACAAAUAGCUUGAGUGACGGCUGAAGAGACUGCAGGAAGAGAAGAAGAAUGAGGAAAAAUAACAAUAAGGAAGGAAGUUAAUAGGAUGUCUGCAGCUUCAGUCUACAACAAUGAGAUGUAUUUAUUUUCAACACUGGGACCUGGCACCCCACAUCAUGGGCCUGAAAGGAAGUAGAUUAAAAAUUGUAAUUUUAUUAGAUUUUAAUAAAUGUUAUAUGGUCAUUUUUAUUAAAAUUGACUUUUUGCCCUUGAA